AUGGCCCCCGACCCCCAACCGCCCCCCGCCAGCGCCCCCUCCUUGAGCAAGCCAGGCCCUCCCCCCCCACCGGCGCCUCCUGAAGCAAACCUCCCCCCAGGGACCUUCGGCAGCAGCGCCCACAAGAGCCGAGUGGCCACGGUGAGCGCCGGAUGCCCCGCCCUGCCCUCGUGGGUCCUGGACGAGCGAGAGGCGGCCAGGAUCGCCCGCCGACGUCGCCUUCUGCAGGAGAGAGCGCACAGGAUUCACCAGCCGAGGGUCACGUCCAUCGCGGUGGAUGUUCAAGCUCUGUCUAGCCAGGUGGAAGAGAGGCGCCGCUAUGAGGAGGAGGAACGCCGGAAAGAGGAGGAAUUCAUGCGUCUGGCAGCCACACAGGACCGAGCCGCGCUUCUCCUACAGCAACGUGAAGAUGAGGCCCGAGCGAACCAGCGCCACGACCUGACCAAGUUCUGGCGGGAGGAGCAACGACCUGAGCGCCGCCGCGAGUACGACCUCAACUGCCACGACCACCUCAUCUCCACGCUCUACGACCUCUCAUUCGAAGGGGAGGAUGAGAAUCUGCCGGAGCGAGUGAAGGCGCAGAGGCAGCAGACGGAGGCGUGGUUGAGGCAGCAGAAGGAGGAGAAGCGAGUGCGAGGCCUGCAGGAGAGGGAGCAUGAGAGACUGCUUCAGCUGGAGGAGAUGGAAGCUGCAGAGAAAGCGAGGCAGAUGGAGGAAGCUGAUAGACUCUGCCGACACGCCCAGAGGCUGGCUGAUGAACAUUAUAAUAAAGAACUGAGCCAAGAGCGACAGAGAGCCAAGGAGCAGCAGAGGCAGCAGGAGUGGCAGCAGGAGGAACAAGAAUUAAGAGGUGCCAUCUUCGGGAGUUUCCUGACCGAGGAUCCUGCCAUGGCUCACUCAGCCCUGGGCCCCCAUAGGGUGAUUACGGACAGAUGGAAGGGAAUGUCGCCGGAACAGAAGGAGGAGAUUCAGGACAUCCGCGAGAGGCAAAUGGAGGAAAAGAAGCGGCGCGACGAAGCUGCUCAACGCGAACGCCAGGAGUGGGAGGAGCAUGCGGCGAGGGCGGACCGAGUGGGCGUGCUCCUGGAACACCGGGACGCCAAGGCCAGGAGACAACAUGAAGCGACCCUCGUCUCCGCCAACAGCGUCUUGGCGAGCGAUCAGAGGCAACAGGAACAGCGCAGGAAUCAGCUGUACACUUUAAACAUCCCUAACGAGGAUUAUUAUAACCAGUUUGGGAUAUAUCCACGUUGAGGAUGGGGGGUGA